CCGACACCUCUAGAGCUCAUCUCUCCCCCGCUUCCUUCUCUCUACCAGCGGAUCACAGCUUGCGACGAGACUGAUAAACAAUGAACUACGGCUUUUCAUUGGACCUCCACUUAACGUUAACUGUCAAUGGGUUUCAGACUGUUGUUGACCGUUGAUGGUGACAGAUGGAAGUAUGCUGUUGUUUUUGCGAAAAUUGUUGUAAGGCUAGAACAACUUUGGCAAAACAAGCACAGCCGACCAGGACUGGAUGACAAAUAAAUAACUAGGCUAUAUAAAGCAACAUAUUACAGACGUCAGAAAAUACUAAGGAAAAUCCGUCGAGGACAGGAGGGAGAUAUAUCCUGAAAGAUGGACUGCUGACCGUAAAGCCAUUGUUGCUUAACAUAAUUGUCACGUUGGAAAUGGUGGAAGACAAUCACAAUUAUUAUCGUUAAUUGUUUUAGCUUUAACUUCUUCUAUUGCGUAAAGUGGUUGACAGUCGCGCGCAAUGGCUUGGCUUGUACACUGUCUCCUUGCCUCUCCCUGUGGCGGGAAGACAGGCUUCUGACAGCAGAGCUUGCGCGUGCGGUGCUCGUGUUUAGUUGGUCCGUUUCUUGUUCUUUCAGGAUAUUGAAAAACUUCGUCCGUUGGAUUUAUUUUGUGGAUUUCUUUCCAUUCGACCGGUGGACUCCUGGACAUACCAGUGGAUAUUUCAGAAAUGUCUUUCGGCCGGAAAUAUUGUCUUUUAUUUCUGUUGGUCAGAAGUAUAAUGUCGGAUCAUACCAAUCAAGUGGUGUUGUUGGACACAACAGCGGUCCUAGGAGAGCUGGACUGGAGGACCUAUCCAGUGAAUGGGUGGGACGCUAUAACAGAGAUGGAUGAACAGAACCGUCCCAUCCACACGUUCCAGGUGUGCAAUGUCAUGGAACCCAACCAGAACAACUGGCUGAGGUCCAACUGGAUCCAGCGCCAGGCCGCACAGAAGGUGUUUGUGGAGCUGCGGUUCACGCUGAGAGACUGUAACUCGAUUCCCUGGGUGUCUGGCACCUGCAAGGAGACGUUUAACCUUUUCUACCUGGAGACGGACCAGCCACACUCCGCCACCACACGCUUCCUUCCCGCCGACUACGCCAAGGUGGACACCAUCGCCGCGGAUGAAAGUUUCACGCAGACGGACCUGGGCGACCGCGUUCUCCGUCUUAACACCGAGGUCAGAGAGGUCGGCCCUGUGACCCGGAAGGGCUUCUACCUUGCGUUCCAGGAUGUGGGGGCAUGUAUCGCUCUGGUUUCUGUUAAGGUGUUCUACAAGAGGUGUCCUUCAACAUUACGGAACCUGGCGGCGUUCCCGGACACGGUGCCGAGGGUGGACUCCUCCUCGCUGGUGGAGGUCAGGGGUGCGUGCGUGGAGAACGCAGAGGAACGGGACACGCCCAAGUUGUACUGCGGGGCGGACGGGGACUGGCUGGUGCCCCUGGGACUCUGCGUCUGCAGUCUGGGCCACGAGGAGACGGACGGAGUCUGUCAGGCAUGCAGACCAGGGUUCUACAAGGCGUUUGCGGGGAACACCAAGUGUUCCAAGUGCCCCCCCCACAGUUCCAGUCACGACCAGGCUGGCACCAUCUGCCACUGUGAUAAAGGGUUUUACAGAGCAGCCAAAGACCCCUCCAGCAUGGCGUGCACACGCUCUCCAUCGGCCCCUAGGAACCUGAUCUCUCUCAUCAACGAAACCGCUCUGUUCCUCACUUGGUCUGCUCCCAGUGACAGCGGUGGCCGGAAGGACCUCACCUACAACGUCCUGUGUCAUCGCUGCAGUGGCGCCCCCGGGGGCGAGGAGGACUGCGAGCCGUGUGACGCCGACCUCCGCUUCGUCCCGCGGCCCCUGGGCAUCACCGGAACCUCUGUGGCUGUCCUGGACUUUGCCAAGCAUGUCAACUACACGUUCUAUGUGGAGGCAGUGAAUGGGGUGUCCAGUCUGGGUCAGGGCUCCAGGCCUCUGGCCAACAUCACUGUCACCACGGACCAGGCCGGUCCUUCUCUGGUGGGAGUGGUGAGGAAGGACUGGGCAUCCGACAACAGUAUUGCCCUCUCCUGGCUGGAGGGGGAACAGCAGCCCAACGCCAUACUGGACUAUGAGAUCAAGUACUACGAGAAGGAGCAGGAGCAGCUGAGCUACUCCUCAACACGUACCAAGACCCCCAGGGCCGUUGUGACGGGCCUCAAACCCUCGACGGUCUACGUGUUUCGCCUGCGCUCUCGAACCGCCACCGGGUUCACAGCGUACAGCAACACGUUUGAGUUCUCCACUGGAGAUGAGAAUUCUGGCAUGGCAGCUGACCAGGGGCAUGUACUGGUGGUUGUCACGGCAGCUGUGGGUGGGUUCUCCCUAUUGGUUAUCCUCACACUCUUCUUCCUCAUCACUGGACGGUGUCAGGGGUACAUCAAGGCUAAGAUCAAGUCUGAGGACAAAAGGAGAGGUCCGUUUCAGAACGUGGUUCCGUUUCCAGGGAUAAAAACCUAUGUCGACCCAGACACCUACGAGGACCCGACACAGGCGGUCCACGAGUUCACCAAGCAGAUAGAUCCUUCUAGAAUCUGCAUCGAGAGGGUGAUAGGGGCAGGGGAGUUUGGGGAGGUGUGCAGCGGGCGUCUGCGGACCGCCGGGCAGACAGAGACCCCUGUGGCCAUUAAGACCCUAAAAGGAGGCUACAUGGAGCGUCAGAGAAGAGACUUCCUUCGAGAGGCCUCCAUCAUGGGCCAGUUCGACAACCCCAACGUCAUACGGCUGGAGGGGGUUGUCACCAAGAGCAGACCUGUGAUGAUAGUGGUAGAAUACAUGGAGAACGGAUCCUUGGACUCUUUCCUCAGGAAACACGACGGGCAGUUCACUGUCAUCCAGCUGGUGGGGAUGCUGCGCGGCAUCGCGUCUGGUAUGACCUACCUGUCCGACAUGGGCUACGUCCACCGCGACCUGGCCGCCCGCAACAUCCUGGUCAACGAGGCCCUGGUGUGUAAGGUGUCCGACUUCGGCCUGUCCAGAGUCCUCGAGGAUGACCCAGAGGCUGCGUACACCACCACGGGAGGGAAGAUCCCAAUUCGCUGGACAGCUCCCGAGGCCAUCGCCUACAGGAAGUUCUCCUCUGCAUCUGAUGCUUGGAGCUAUGGCAUUGUCAUGUGGGAAGUGAUGUCAUAUGGAGAGAGGCCCUACUGGGAGAUGUCCAAUCAGGAUGUGAUCCUGUCCAUAGAGGAGGGCUACCGUCUCCCUGCUCCCAUGGGCUGUCCCGUGGCCCUCCACCAGCUGAUGCUACACUGCUGGCAGAAGGAGAGGGGACAGAGGCCGUACUUCAGCGAUGUGGUCAGCUUCCUGGACAAGCUCAUCCGGAACCCCAGUAGUCUGAUGACCCUGGUGGACCACGUGCACAGUUUCCCAGAGUCCCCGGAGGUUAUGCCGCACUACCCUCUGUUCAUCUCCAUCGGCGAUUGGCUGGACUCCAUCAAGAUGAGCCAAUACAAGAGCAACUUUCUGGCGGCCGGGUUCACCACGCUGGACUCCGUCUCUGCCAUGACCCUAGAGGACGUCAGGCGUAUUGGAGUGUCUCUGAUCGGCCACCAGAGGAGGAUAGUAAGCAGCAUACAGACUCUGCGCCUGCAGCUCCUCAGCGACCAACACAACGGCUUCCAUGUCUGAACGAGGCCCGGCGCGAGGCCCUGGAAGACACACACACAGGCCUGGGAUGUGUUUAUUGGGCCCCAAGCAAACUGAACCAGGGAAGGACUACCCGGAAGUGUUCAAUAAGGAGAGGUUGUUUCUCGAUGCGGUUCGGUGAACUGUUACCAGACUAAUGUGGUUUACACAGGAGGCGUCCACCUGUCCCCGAUCCUGGUGACUGGGGAAGGAGCUAGUUUCAUCCUUCCCUGAACCUGGUGACUGGGGAAGGAGCUAGUUUCAUCCUUCCCUGAACCUGGUGACUGGGGAAGGAGCUAGUUUCAUCCUUCCCUGAACCUGGUGACUGGGGAAGGAGCUAGUUUCAUCCUUCCCUGAUCCAGGUGACUGGGGAAGGAGCUAGUUUCAUCUUUCCCUGAUCCAGGUGACUGGGGAAGGAGCUAGUUUCAUCCUUCCCUGAUCCAGAUGACUGGGGGAGGAGCUAGUUUCAUCCUUCCCUGAUUCAUGUGAAUGGGGGAGGAGCUAGUUUCAUCCUUCCCUGGUCCAGGUGACUGGGGGAGGAGCUAGUUUCAUCCUUCCCUGAUUCAUGUGACAUGGGGAGGAGCUAGUUUUAUCCUUCCCUGAUCCAGGUGACUGGGGGAGGAGCUAGUUUCAUCCUUCCCUGAUUCAUGUGACAUGGGGAGGAGCUAGUUUCAUCCUUCCCUGAUCCAGGUGACCGGGAGAGGAGCUAGUUUCAAUCUGCAUCCCAAAUCGCACCCUAUUACCCAUAGUGAGCCAUUUGGGACACAAUUUUGUUGUGAGGAGCCCGGAGAGACACAUCCACAUGUGUUGUUCCUAUAGUGGAAGGGGGUAUGUCUGAAGGGUGGCUUAGGUAUGACUGUGACUGAGUCUGAAGGGGGACUGAGGUAUGACUGUGACUGAGUCUGAAGGGUGGCUUAGGUAUGACUGUGACUGAGUCUGAAGGGGGACUGAGGUAUGACUGUGACUGAGUCUGAAGGGGGACUGAGGUAUGACUGUGACUGAGUCUGAAGGGGGACUGAGGUAUGACUGUGACUGAGUCUGAAGGGGGACUGAGGUAUGACUGCGACUGAGUCUGAAUGAGAACUGAGGUAUGACUGUGACUGAGUCUGAAGGGGGACUGAGGUAUGACUGUGACUGAGUCUGAAGGGGGACUGAGGUAUGACUGUGACUGAGUAUGAAGGGGGGCUGAGGUAUGACUGUGACUGAGUCUGAAGGCUUUCUAAUAUGGACAACAUAUGAAACGGUCAUCACUAGGUAAUAACACAGCCUCAAAGACUAAAUGGAGGCUUAGCCCCACCUAUUUCUAAAAUGUGUCUUCUUGAGAUCUAAUUUAAAACCUAACCUUUUGCACACUGCUAACCUUAUGCCUAAACAAACUGAAAUUAAGAAGAAAAAAUCAUGAAUUUGUGGCUUUGUUAUUUAGUGGAAACCCCUUUGGAGGAGUCCAGUUGUUUGAUGAACAGGAUUAAAUAUGUCUCAUUUAAGUUCAUAUGUUUUCUUGUUGAUCAAACACUGGAGAUAUUUCUGACCAACAGUAUGUUAAAAGACAAUGGUGAGGCAAGUGAAGACAACUGAAUGUCAUCCAAUUUUAUAAAUGUAUAGUCCAUCAUUCGCAACUCAGUAACAUGUAAUAUUUGUGCUGAAGUCAGUUUCUGUGAAAAGGCUUUGCUAAGUUCGAUUAGAUAUCCUUGUUUCGUUUUAAUCCACAGUCUUUAUCUUGUCUUGGCAAUAUGCAGUUUCUUUAGCCUGAGUUCUAGUCUUUAAGUACAGUACUAUAGCAUACCUUGUUAGUCAUUGACAUGCCUUGAUUGGCUUGAAAAGAACCGAAUAAGAAAGGGCGUCCACAGAUCUGUGUCCAGGCUACUGGCACCAGGAAGAAAGGUGCCACUUCACUCCACAAACACCACAAACCGGAAACAACCUCAAACACAUAUCAUGUGAAAUGCUUUGACUGUACUUUGACUGUAGUACAAAUCCAUAGUGCUUGAGCAUCUAGAUUUUCAGAUUACUUUGUUUUGUGAUCAGGUACUAACUUAUUCUGGCUACUAGUGUUUUUAUCUGACAUUCCACUACAAAUACCUCAUGUGACCUCCAAACAUUGGGAAUGACACAUCACUGACCAUAUCCAUGAUGUGCUUCUAUGGGAAGAUGGGAGACGAUGAUUAGGACCUCUGAAUGUUCUGUCUGGAAUGAUAAUGAAAGAUAAUGUAAACUAUGUAUAAAUUAUGGGUAGCUAGAAAGCAUGAUAAAACCAUGAUGGACAAAUACAGAUUUUCCCAACAGAAACACACCAACAUGCGCAAAUAUGUCUCUUAAAGGAAAGUUUUUUUGGGAUGAGACAUAGUUACAAUUGCUUAUUGAACAUCACAAAAUUAGGAUGGGAGAAAACUGGGUAAAGUUGAAAAUAAGUAAAUAAAUAAUAUGAAGACUGUUUAGAGUGUAGGAGAACCCCCCCCCCGCCCCCCCGAACUGACUCAUUCUUAUUCUGUAUAUCUGCUGAGAGACUCUCAAAUAUUUUCUUGACAUUGAGAAUUCUCUUGGGGUGGAUCUAUGUGUCCCAUUGAAGCAAAUCAAACUGGGAUCUACAGUAGCACACACAGACACACAGACAGAGACAUGCACACAUUAUGAAUGCUUUUUCCUCUUACAAAUGUUUUAUUUUAUUUUUGGAUAUUUAUUAACUGGUCAAUACCAGCCAGGAAGGCUGUAUAUUUAUUAAAAGAUUUAGGCUCUGCUUGGGGUGACGUAUUAUUGCCAUUAUUUUGACUCCUAAAUUAAAAUUCGCGUAUUCAUUGUAAUGUUUUGGUAA